UCGCCCAUUUCAGUAAUUCACUUUGCUAGGGUUUUACAGUUCUCUCUUUAUCGCAUUUCAAUCAAUAUCUCUGCAGCUAAAAUGUGGGCUCUUCGUCGAGUUUCUGCGAAUUCUAUCAAGGGUUAUGGAUUAAAUUCAAUGACAUUUCGUGCUUCCGCUGGAAUUGGACCAUGUAGUAGUCACAUGCAGGACAACUUGACUAAUUCCGAGCGUCGUGGCUAUACCCUUGAUAAGGGGAUAACGACUUACACAUACCAUUGUACAGCACAUUUUCCAAAUUUGUUCUCCGCUGGAUCUUGUAGUUUUUCCACUCGAUCUGGUGCCAAGAGUGAAAAAGAAGAACAGGAUGACUUGAAAUGGGAUUUUUCAGAGCUUGACACACCUGAUGCUUCUGAGACUACAGAGACUACAGGAGGAGGUGAUGAUGAUAGUGAGAUUUCAUCUGAAUCUGAAUCUGAAGUAUCUAACGUUGAUGAGAAUAUGGAAGAUGCUUUGGAAAAUGAGCUUAUGAAAGGAAUAGAGGUGGAUGGUGGGGAUACAGAACCCAAAAAGAAGUUGGGUGCUUCACCUUUUGUGAAAUUAGUUUUGAGUCAGUCUAAUUCAUCUUUUUUAAAUGCUCUUGAUCAAUAUGUCGAAGACAAUGGUAUAAAUCGCACUGAAGUUUAUUCUGCUAUGAUGAGCUUCAGACGACGCAAUAUGUUUGUGAAAGUCUUGCAGCUGUCAGAGUGGCUGGAGAAGAGAGAAGACUUUGAUUUCAAGGAACAAGAUUAUGCAUCUAGACUUGAUCUCCUCGCCAAGGUGCGUGGUCUUAAUGAGGCUGAGAACUAUAUUAACAACAUCCCUAAAAGCUACAGAAAGGAGUUGGUUUAUAGAACCUUUCUGGCCAACUGCGUAUUCGUCAAUAACGUGGCUAAAGCAGAAGAGAUCUUCAAUAAAAUGAAGGACCUAGGCUUUUCGUUGUCACCCUUUGUGUGCAACCAGUUGUUACUUCUUUACAAGAGAACUGAUAAGAAAAAAAUUGCAGAUGUACUUUUGAUGAUGGAGAAAGAGGAUGUGAAGCCCUCUCUCUUUACUUACCAACUCUUGAUAGAUACAAAAGGUCUUGCGAAUGAUAUGGUCGGGAUGGAGCAAGUUCUUGAGACAAUGCAGGCCGAUGGUAUCAGUCCUAGUCUCCGUAUUAAAGCUACUAUUGCUCGUCAUUAUGCCAAUAAUGGGCUCAAAGAAAAGGCUGAAGCAAUUAUAAAUGAUUUGGAGGGAGAUGACUUAGAUUAUAGUCCAUGGGUAUGCCCCGUUUUGCUCCCUAUUUAUGCCACUCUUGGCAGGGCUGAUGAUGUUGAAAGAGUUUGGGAAGUUUGCAAGUCAAAACUCCGGCAGGCUGAUUACUUGGCUGCAAUUGAAGCCUGGGGAAAGCUCAAGAACGUUGAACAAGCGGAAGCUGUGUUUCAAAAGAUGACGGAAUCAUUUAAACGACUUUCUUCAAGGCAUUUUAAUAUCAUGUUGAAAGUGUAUGCUCAAAACAAGUUGCUGAGCAAAGGAAAGAAGCUGCUGAAAGAGAUGGGAGAUAGUUGUUGCGAGAUUGGUCCUAUUGCUUGGGACUGUAUCGUGAAACUAUAUGUAGAUGCCGGGGAAGUUGAGAAAGCAGACUCGGUGUUGCAGAAAGCAGUACGACAGAAUCCGCAGAAGAGGCCAUUUUACACUUCAUAUAGAUAUAUCUUAGACCAGUAUGCUAAAAAUGGCGAUGUUCAUAACGCCGAGAAAAUUUUCCACAGGUUGAGGCAGGCUGGUUAUGUUGCUCGUGCUGGGACAUUCCACGCACUCCUUCAAGCCUACAUUAAUGCCAAGGUUCCUGCAUAUGGUUUUCGAGAGAGGAUGAAGGCAGAUAAUGUAUUCCCAAAUCGAAUUUUAGCUGGCGAAUUAGUUCAGGUUGAUGCAUUUAAAAAGACUGCUGUUUCUGAAUUGCUCGAUUGAGGGAUUAUGUCCGAUUUUUGCAGCUGUGUGUAUUCUUGCAGGAGAAACUGCAUAGGUAAAAUUUUGCACUUUAGUGUCUUCUGUUAGAAUCUCUUCUUCUAUUUGUAGUAUCUCUAGUAUUUUUAAUCUGUAGUAAAAGGAAUAUGUUGUUUAAGUUGUGUUUGCCGUUUUGCUUCCUGAAUUUGGGACUUUACUAUUUCCGACCUGUUUGAUGCACAGUGUUAAAAAAUGAUAACGAUAGUAAAAUUUUCGUGUAUCCUAUGAAGAAAAUUACAUGUAAAAGUUCAUGUCGAUAAAAUUUGAAAUGAAAGGUAAACCGAAACAGUUUGGUCCGA